UCUUAUGCUACUUUUUAGGAUUGGAAAUACCAAAAUCAGAUUGCAAAUUUCUAAGUUGGUUUCACUUGUUAUUCUAUAUUUUCUACUAAUUUAUAUGGAGAUGGCACAUAAUGAUAUUGAGGAUAUGUUGGAUCAUCUAAAAAGGAUCAAGAGUGGAGGUGAUUCAAACAGUGUCAAGAUUGAUGAAAUUGAGAUACUUGAAGUGGAGCUAAGAUUUUUGAGAACCUUUAUCAAGUACAAUCAUGUUCUUUUGCCUGAUUCCUUAGACAUCAUAAAAAAUAAGUCCAAAUUGAUUGCGGAAAUGAUUCACUCUGUUUUUGGUGGAAUUCCAUAUGGAAGCAAAACUAACUUUAAUGUGGAAAGUCUAGUGUUGCAGUUGCUGGAAUUCAUUGAAGGUAAUACUGGUUUUAUAAGGUACAAUAAUGAAUUGAAUGAUUCCUAUCUUUCAGAAUACAUGGAUUGCCUCGGCAAUUUUCUUAAUGAUGUACUGAAGUACCUGGGAUUGCAUAUGUCUUACCCUUAUUUAGCAGAUGAACAUAUCCUUAAGUUGAAGCGAUCUUCAAAGCAAGUGCAAAUCAUUCAAAAGAAAAUGAGAGGAUUGCAUAUGUCUUACCCUUAUUUAGUAGAUGAACAUAUCCUUAAGUUGAAGCGAUCUUCAAAGCAAGUGCAAAUCAUUCAAAAGAAAAUGAGAUUUUUGAGAUACUUAUAUGUCACAGAGAUAAAGAAUUACGUUGACCAUGAGAAGCUGGAAGGUCUGGAGACCCGAAUUCAGUUCAUAGCUGACAAUGUGGGACAAUUCUGUUAUGAUCUUUGGGUUUAUAAGGAUAAAAAUGAUACAGAUUCAGAUUCAAAUGAAGUUGAUAUAGAUGAGGAUGAGGACAAAGAUGAUCUCUGGUAUAAACCUCCUUAUGUAUUAUCCCUGAUUGUGCUAGUGGAGCUGCAAAUAAAGAAGAUUUUUCUCGGUGAACUAAAGACUUCAAAAUUUACUCAAGCAAGAACUUUCAAGGACAAAACAUUACCAAAAGGAUUUUCACAUCAUCUCCACAGUAUGCUGGUGAAUCUCAGAAACAAAAAGCUUGAGAACUUCCCUAAUACUGUCUCUGCUCAAAAUAUUGAUGUGGCAAUAGAGUUCUUGUCUUUUUUUCUUGUGGAUGUGUCAAAUAGUGUUUUUUAUGGUAAAAAGUUGAAUGAGGUCUUGGAAAAGGUUGGAGCUAUAGCGGGUGAUAUUCUUUAUGUAAUUCAAAAGCUUCUUCCUAGCUCUAUAAACAAAGAUGACACUAGCAAAGUAGAUGUCUGCACAAUACAUAUAUUGGAGAAAACUAAAGAUCUAGUGGAGAGGUACUACAAAUCCUUAAAAUUCACUUCAUCUCAGUUUCCCACGGUUUGUGGAUUGAGCUUUCUGGAUUCUCUUUUGCGGAAAUUGAAUAAGAUAUUGAAAUCUGAAUCAGGUUUAGAUUUCAUGAUUAAAACUCGUAGUGGUAUCAUAGAGAAAGAGUUGUCGUUGCUUAUAUCCAUUUUAGAGAAGGAGUUAUCAUCUCUAUCAUCUAUAAUCAGAGAUGUCGCAAAGGUGCACCAUGAACAUGAAAUUCUCAAAGAUCUUCAGAGUCGUACUAUCAAUUUGGCAUAUGAAGCUGAAGUUGCCAUUGACUCUGUUCUUGCUCAGUGUAAUGCUUUUUGGCAUAUUUUUUGCUCUCUUCCUACAAUUGUAAAAGAGAUCAAACAUAUUAGAGCAGAGGUUUCCAAGAUGUGGUCAGAGGACUUAGCUUAUAAGUCAUGCUAUGUGGUAGAUCCAUCUAAUCAUCUGCCAACACAACGUAACAAUCUUGUGAAUGAUGAGGAGAUAAUUGGCUUUGAAGAUGAAGCAGAAAAAAUAGUUCAAUAUCUGAUUCGAGGUACAAAUGAGUUAGAUGUCAUUCCGAUUGUAGGUAUGGGGGGACAAGGGAAAACAACCAUAGCUAGAAAAGUGUACAAGAGUGACAUGGUUGUUUUUCACUUUGAUCGUCUAGCAUGGUGUUGCAUUUCCCAGACAUAUAAUCAGAUAGAGCUAUUAAAACAGAUCUACCAUCAAGUUCCCAGUUACGAGGACAAUGUCUGUAAGGACGAUGAACUUGCUGACAUGUUGAGGAAAAGAUUAAUGGGCAGGAGGUAUCUUAUUGUCUUGGAUGAUAUGUGGAGUGUUAAGGCAUGGGAUGAUUUAAGAUUCUCUUUCCCAAAUGAUGAAAACAGAAGUAGAAUAAUUGUAACAACCCGACUUGAGAAUGUGGCUAGGCAGAUCAAGUACCAUACUGAACCUCAUUUCCUUCCAUUCCUCACACCAGAAGAAAGCUGUGAAUUAUUAUGGAAAAAAGUGUUCCAAAAUGAAGGUCCCCGCCCUGAACUAUACGAUGUGAGUCUAGCAGUUGCAGAAAGGUGCAAGGGACUGCCUCUGGUGAUUGUCUUGGUUGCUGGAAUUAUCAAAAGGAAGAAAACGGACGCCUCUUGGUGGCAUGAGGUUAACAAUUCUCUGCUUUCCUAUCUUGGCGAGUCUGAAGAAUAUAGUUUUUCGACUAUGCAGCUAAGUUAUGAUAACUUACCAGAUUAUUUAAGACCUUGUCUUCUUUACAUGGGGAUGUUCCAGGAGGAUGCAAGAAUUCCUGUGUCUAAAUUGAUACGUUUAUGGAUUGCUGAAGGCUUCGUGCAGAAUAUUGAAUCUGGGAGAUUGGAAGAGGCAGCAGAAGGUUACUUGAUGGAUCUCAUUAGCAGUAAUGUGGUAAUGAUUUCAAAGAGAAGAUAUAGCGGUAAAGUCAUAUACUGCCAGGUUCAUGAUAUGGUGCUUCACUUUUGCUUGGAGAGGAGUAGAGAAGAAAAGUUUAUGCUGGCGGUGAAGAGAAAUCGUAGCCAAUUUAAACCUUCUGAUUGGAACGAAAAUAGACUGAGCUUCAAAUCCACUUGUGAUAUAUCCGAGUAUGACCAGCUGGGAUACAAAACACAGAAGCCCUUCCAUCAACAUUUGAGGUCACUGAUAAUAAUCAAUGAUUUACAUUGGAAUCCCUUCUCUCAGAUUAGUAAAUUGGGACUCCUUAAGGUCUUGGAUUUGAGUUCCAAUAGAGUGGAUCAUUUGUCGUUGGCUACAUUGAAUCCACUAAUUCACCUUAAGUACCUCUCAGUUUCCAUAUUUGAAUUCGAUUUCCAUCCAGAAUCACAUAUGCGCCAUCUAGAAACUAUCAUAGUGAAUGGAAAUGGUCGUCCUGUAUUGUUGCCAGCAACAUUUUGGAAAAUGGAAAGGUUAAGGCAUAUUGAGUGUUAUGCUUCUUUUGAUUUGAAAAAUAAUAAGCAGUGGAUCUUUAAAGAAUCCUGUAAAUUGGAAAAUUUGAGGAAAUUAAGUAAAGUUGAAUUUCAAAUUGAUGAUGCUGAUUGCAUGGAUGUGUUGUUACAGAAAUGUCCUAAUCUUCAAGAACUUGGGAUUAGUAUUUUUAGCUAUGAAUGGGAUUCUGCUGAUAUUUGUACUUCCGGUCCCAAUUUGGAGAUUCUUAGCCAGCUUCAAUUACUUAACCUUUGCUUUCGUGGUGGCAACAUUAUUGUAACCGAAUUACACCUGCCUUCAAAUCUAAAGGAGUUGACACUUGAAGUGCCUCAUCUAUUAAACGUGGGAUCCUUGAUUGCGGGACUACCAUGUCUGGAGUAUCUCCAAUUGAUGGAUUGGAGACGUGAGUCGGGAGAGUUGUGUUUCGGAGAUAUCACAUUUAAUAAGCUUAAGUUCUUGAAACUGGUGGAGUUAAAUAUCUCAAGGUGGGAAGCCUCAGAGGCAUCUUUUCCCCAGCUUGAGACACUUGUUAUAAAAAGGUGUUACCAGCUUGAGGAGAUCCCCCUUAGCAUUGCAGAUAUUCCAACACUGGAACAAAUUAAGUUGAUUGCAUGCUAUAAUAAAUCUCUGAAGGCUUCAGCUGUGAAAAUUAAGGAAGAAGUUAGAGAUAUACAGGGAAGCGACCAUCUUAAUCUCAUUAUCGAAGAUUGAGUCAAGUGUUUGGCACAACAAACAACAUGGUAUCGCAAUAUUCUAUGAAAAGACUCAUCUCAGCCAAACAAAUCAUAACCUUAGACUGGUUAAAUUUGAAGUUAUCUUGGAAGCUUUUAUUUGGAAUAAGGUACAACAAAUACUUCUUUUAAUUACUAGCGGAAUAAAAAUAAUCUUUGGGACUCUGCAUUGCAAUAACUAAAGAUUUGCGAUCCCACUGAAUUGCAUACCAGCAUCUUGGUAAUUAAAGAAUUUGCUAGUCAUACUUAUAAAUGUUCUGAGUAGAUCCAAUAUAGAUUUAACUUUUUUUAUUUAUAAGUAUUGUCUUAGUUGCUUAGUUCAUCUGUCCAUCAGCUGAUUAAUUUGCUAAUUAGUACUUGCAGUGUUAGCAAGAUCAGAAGCUAAUAAAUUUGUUCUUUCCAUUCAUGGAUUAUUAAGACACUGCAAUUUGUGAACUAUAACAUAUAAUUUAGUAUGACAGGAAAUGAAAUAAGAGAUGGAAAAUGAUUAAACUGAAAACUGUAAGAUGAUGCUGAUUGAUUAAUUUGUUCUGAGAAAAUGAGCAGCAAAGACAAUUAUGGCCAAACAUGCAAAGUGAAAAAAGUGAUAACUAAAGAAUAAAGAUCAGAUAGCCUUUCUUAGAAUAAAAAAAUUCUAAGCAUAGGCAUCAGAUUUUUGAUGGCGAUAAGCUUUCCGGCCUUAUAAAAAGCCAACUUCUCCUUGAUUUCCUCAUCCUUGAGCGUGAAAUCUCCCAGAGUAUAGUAUGUGCUAGUCACUUAAGAGAUGGAACCACCAUCAUCUGACUGGAGCAUCAAACACGUGUAGUCUUGAUUGGAGCGCAAUAAGAAAGAAAUGUCAUAUAUAGCUUAGGGCUUCUCACACACUCAGUUAUUUGAUUACUCAUUUAAUUAGUGACGGCUUUUCAUAGAUGUAACAUCCUUCCUAUUGCAUUGCUCCCUGUAUUAUUCACAUUGUUCCUAAUGUCAAUGUGAGGUUUAGUUUUGUUUGGCAAACAAAUCAAGGUUAAUGAAACAAGAGGAGGAUCCAGAAAGCCAUAAUGACUUUGUUUUAUUUCAUUGUUGUGUUCGAUAGAGAGAAAGUUAUGCAUGCAUGUAAAAUGUGCUUUUAUGCUGUAUCCAUUUGCUUAAUUACCAUUUUAAUCAAACAUUCCAACAUACACUUUAGAGACAUUUUAAAAGUUUUAUGCAUUAGAAAUUCUUGUAUUGAGACUUGGUAAAAAGAAAUGUGAAGGUCAUUUGAUUAUUAUGUCGUUCAUCACAAUAAGCUCUUCCUUUUCAAAUGCUGCAAGUUUUCAUUUUCCUGGCCAUAAAAGAGGACAAACAGUAUCAUCAUCGUUGGUGCAAAAACGUUUCUUCAUGAUCUUCCUGAGCUUGACAAUGUCUUUUCACCACAAGAUCACUUUUUGGAGCAUCGGAAACAUGUUCCUUGUUGGCGGUAGUACAUGUGGAAUUCUUAAGUUUUUAAUUGUAAAAUUAUGCAAGCUGGUGAUAUAUUAUUUAUAGAAGCAUUUAAAAGACUAUUC